AUGUCAGUUUUCCGACAUCCGCAAGCAACGCCUGGUCGAAACGUGAGUUUUUUCCAACCAAUUUCCUAAAAAAAAAGUGGAUUUUUAGUAUCAACAACCAGAAAUGUCGAUGCGAAUGCCAAAACCGCCAGAGAGACCACUUCAACCAUACAUGCGAUACAGUCGAAAAAUGUGGCCAAAAGUACGUGCUGAAAAUCCAGACGUACAAUUGUGGGACAUUGGAAAAAUUGUGGGGAAAAUGUGGGCGGAUUUGGGAGACGCAGAAAAAUCAAUGUUCCAACACGAAUACGAAAUGGAACGAAUGGAUUAUGAAAAACAAAUGAAACAUUUCCAAAAUAGCGGAUAUUCGAGUUUUAUGUCGAGUAAAGGAAGAGCAAAACAAAAUGAGAAAAUGUCGAGAGGAAGAAUGGAUGCUGGUGGAGUUGUUAUACAACCAGUUGAUGAAGAAGAUGGAUCAAAUGAAAUGACUACAAGAAGAAUGGCUGGAGUUAGGUAAGAUAUUUAGGAAUUUGAGGGAGGGUCUGUUUGCAAAGAGUUUUUUAUCACAUAUGUUUCCUUAUAGUUUUACAAUUAGUCUUGAAACGGCUUUUCUAUUCAAAAGGUACCCUAUCAAACAUUUAUAUAAUUUCAUCCCACCUUUGAAGUUUUGGACAACAUUUCAAACAGUGAUAAUUUCUAGUACUAGUUUCAUUUCGUUUUAGGUUUGACCGAAAUCAUCGUCUCAUCGCUGAUCUCUUUUCUCCUACAAUGGUCACUGAUACAAGAACUGUAAGUGUUUUCUUUUGAAAAUUAUCUCAUUCAUUUUUUAUUUCUGUAAAUGAUUCCAAUUUCUUUUCAGAUCGUUGCUCAACAUCGAAUGGAUAUGUUAAAACGUCAAGCAACUUCAUUGGCUCAACAUCAAAGUAAACUCGAAGAAGAAUUGGUCAAACUUCAAACAACUCAUACAACAAGAAAACGAGCAAUUGAAAAAGGUUCCGAUGAAUUUCAGGAAGAGUUGAAAAAAGUUGUUGAUGAAAAACCAGUGGUUGAUGAGGAAAAAUUCGAGGAAACAGUGAAAGAAUGGGAAGAGAAAUUGAAAGAGGCUUAUGAAGAAUAUAAGAAAAAGUUGGAAGAAAUGACUGCGAAAGCAGCUGCAACUGCACCGGUUUUGAGAAAUUUGGUGAUGGAUGAACCAGCGAAAAAAGAUGAGACGGAAAAUACUCCAGCUGAAAAUAAUGGUGAAAAACCAGCUGAAAGCGAAACUACAACUGAAAAACAAGAAGAAAAUGGAGAAGAAGUCGAAGACGAAGAAAUGGCUCAAGAAGAAGAGGAAGAAGACGAGCCAAAGGAAUAA